AUGUCUUACGGCCAGUUCCUUUCCCAGUCCCCACUAACCAGUGCACCAAUAAUCUACACCAGCAGCUUCCCAGGCGUUGGUAAGCUCACCGUCGCCCGUGAAAUCGUCAAGAUCCUAGGCGAAGACAACACCAUCCUACAAGACAGCCACAAGCUGAUCGACUCCGUGAACACUUUGUGUUCACGAGGUCACCCUGACUAUCAGAAGGAGCGAAAGGCAGAGCGAGAGCGCCAAUUCGAGGCGUACGUUAAAAACUCAGAGUUCAAGGAUCGCGUCGUGAUAUCCACAGACUUCACAAACAUGCAACCAGAGGCUGCAAGAUAG